CUCUCGGGCCCCUUUGCGUUCUCCUGUCUUGUCAGGUCCUAGUGGUUUUUUCUGCUCUUUCCUGGUGUCGCCAUGUCGGAGACCGCGCCGCCCGCCCCGGUUGCUUCCACGCCUCCUGAGAAAGCUCCCCCUGCCAAGAAGGCGAAGAAGCCGUCGAAGGCUGCCCCUACUACCAAGAAACCCGCAGGACCGUCUGUGUCGGAGCUUAUAGUGCAGGUAGUUUCCACCUCUAAGGAGCGCAGCGGCGUGUCCCUUGCCGCACUCAAGAAAGCGCUGGCAGCUGCCGGCUACGAUGUGGAGAAGAACAACAGCCGCAUCAAGUUGGGCCUGAAGAGCCUGGUGAGCAAGGGCACCCUGGUGCAGACCAAGGGCACCGGCGCCUCGGGCUCCUUCAAACUCAACAAGAAGGCGUCUUCCGCUGAAGCCAAGCCUAGCAACACGAAGGUGGCAGCCAAAGCUAAAGCAACAGGCGCUAAGAAGCCUAAAAAGCCUGUUGGGGCUACCGCCAAGAAAAGUGUGAAGACUCCGAAGAAGGCUAAGAAGCCUGCGGUGGUAAGAAAAUCUAAGAGUCCCAAGAAGCCUAAGGUUGUGAAGGCCAAGAAGGUAUCUAAGAGCCCUGCUAAAGCUAAGGCGGUGAAGCCUAAAGGAGCGAAGACAAAGGUGACCAAGCCGAAGACUGCCAAGCCCAAGAAGGCGGCUCCCAAGAAAAAGUAAAGUUCUGGUUGGAAGCUUCUUCAAUAACCAAACGGCUCUUUUAAGAGCCACCUACAUAUUUCAGGAAAAGAGCUCUAGUAACAGAUUUUUCAGCCACUUGUAAAAAAGGAAGAAAAAAAAAAAUAGCUUUGCUUAGCACCAGGAUUACUCUGCGAGUUCUUAGUCUUCGCACCUGAGCAUUAAAUCUUAACCGAGUGGUAGGUCUUCAAAGGUUUUAUGGUGGUUCCGAAUAAGUCCCUUGCCUAGUUUUCUCUGCCAGAGGCAACUGUCCUGUAAUUAGAAUCACCUGGGGGGCCUUUCUGGCCAUACCCGUCACCUUGGCAUCCCAUACUAAUUAGCCACGAAGAUCGGACCUCUGCCCCAGACUUGAAGCGUGUAGUACGUGCAGACAUGGGUCUACUCCCGUCCUGCGCGUUGUGUCAUCAGGGUCUAUUGUUCAGGCAGCCUUUUCCAAAACCUGUUGGCCCUGAAAAGUCCUUUUGGGGUAAACAGCGAAACCUAUAGUUAAAACGCUUGAUGUCCUUGAUCAUGAUGGUGACCUGUUUGGCGUGGAUGGGGCACAGGUGGUGUCCUCAAAUAACCCCGUCACGUAGGCCUCGCACGUAUGUAGCACCUUCGUGGCGGAGCUCUGGAAGCAGAGGUUCGUCUUAA